GCAGUUUGUUGUGAGAAAUUGGUUCACGCGUUGGAUUUAAUAUUAAGCCUGCAAGACUUGGGUUCGGUAUCAGCCGAAUAGAGAGAGGAACAGAGUUCUUAUUCUGAAGAAGCUACAAAGGAGAAAACCCUGAGCUAUUUCUUCUUCUUUUUUCCUUUUUUUUCCCUUGUUCUUCGAUCAAAUCUUCUGCUAUGGGUUUUUAGUUUUAGGUUGUGGGUUUUCAACCCCAUCUACAGAUUCCUCUAAUUUCUUCAUUUUCAGCCUUGGAUUUUGCUCAUCUUCAAUCGUUGAUGGUGGUGUAUGUUGUGGUUUCGAUUAUCUUUUAAGUGGCAUCACACGACUACUACAUUGAAUAUACGUUAAUCAGAAUUUUGUGACACAUCCAGUGAUGUCGUUUCGUAGUAUAGUUCGUGAUGUUAGAGAGGGGUUUGGAAGUUUAUCCAGGCGUAGUUUUGAGGUAAGACUGCCUGGUCACCAGCGGGGUAAAUCUCAUGGAUCAGUCCAUGAUCUGCACGACCAACCUCUGGUAAUUCAAACCAGUCCUUGGGCUAGUCUCCCACCUGAGCUAUUGGGGGAUGUAGUUACGAGACUGGAGGAGAGUGAGAGUGUGUGGCCUGCUCGAAAACAUGUUGUUGCUUGUGCUGCUGUUUGUAGGUCGUGGAGGGAAAUGUGCAAAGAGAUAGUCAAAAGUCCGGAGUUCUCUGGAAAAAUCACCUUCCCUGUCUCCUUAAAACAGCCAGGGACUCGUGAUGGAACCAUUCAGUGCUUUAUUAAGAGGGACAAAUCUAAUUUGACUUAUCACCUUUACCUCUGCCUAAGUCCUGCUUUACUUGUUGAUAAUGGGAAGUUUCUUCUUUCUGCCAAAAGAACGAGGAGAACAACCUGCACUGAAUAUGUGAUCUCCAUGGAUGCAGAUAAUAUAUCAAGAUCAAGCAACACCUACAUUGGAAAACUAAGGUCAAAUUUUCUUGGGACCAAGUUCAUUAUUUAUGAUACACAGCCUCCAUAUAACAAUGCCCAGAUUUCCCCACCUGGCCGUAGCCGUAGAUUGUACUCAAAGAAAGUUUCUCCAAAAGUCCCAACUGGUACCUAUGACAUUGCUCAAGUCACUUAUGAACUGAAUGUUCUUGGCACAAGAGGCCCUCGAAAGAUGCACUGCACAAUGCACUCCAUCCCUGCCUCAUCUCUGGAGGCUGGUGGUACCGUUCCAGGCCAGCCCGAGGUUGUAUCUCGACUCCUUGGGGAUUCGUUUCGAAGCAUAUCAUUCUCCAAGUCUGUCUUCAACUCUACAGAGUUCAGUAGUUCUCGUUUCUCUGACAUUGUUGGCUCUCGAGACGAAGAUGAGACAGGGAAGGAGAGACCAUUGAUUCUUAGGAACAAGCCGCCACGGUGGCAUGAGCAGUUGCAGUGUUGGUGCCUUAAUUUCCGGGGGCGAGUAACUGUUGCCUCUGUCAAAAACUUUCAACUCAUAGCCGCCACAGAGCCUUCUUCAACAGCUACAAACCAAUCGCAGCCAAACCAACAUGGCCAGUCCUCCCAAUCGGACUAUGACAAGAUCAUUCUUCAAUUUGGAAAGGUUGGGAAAGAUAUGUUUACCAUGGAUUACCGGUAUCCAUUGUCCGCAUUUCAAGCUUUUGCAAUCUGUUUGAGUAGCUUUGACACCAAAUUGGCUUGUGAAUAAAUGAAACUAGAAGUCCCAUUGUGAAAUCGAUGGAUCUUAUGAUGGUUUCUUUCUUCUCUCAGAAUAGAAUGUGUUUGGUUGUAUGCGGUGACUGUAAAAAGUCAUCUUGAAAAAUUUGUAUAACAGUGUGUGCACCUGAAAGAGAUUUCUUUCUGGUCUA